AUGUCAGCCAACAAGGAAAGUAACCUCGUCCAGGGGUAUAUUGAAUUAAAUAAAUUUUGUCAAAGCGGCGACUAUGAUCGAGCGUUAAAAGCAGCAGGCAAAGUCUUACAGAUUGCCCCAACAGAGCAGAAGGCCUUUCAUUGCAAAAUUAUUUGCUUUAUUCAACUCCACAAUUUUAAGGAGGCAUUGGCAGUACUUAGUAACCCUAAAAAUGCACCACUGGCGGCAGAUUUGCACUUUGAAAAGGCAUAUGUUCAAUACCGCCUUAACUGCCCCAAAGAUGCCUUGGAGACAGUGGAUAGUGCUCCAGAGAUGACACUGGCUUUGAAAGAGCUGAGGGCUCAGAUCUUGUACCGUUUAGAACAAUAUCAAGAUUGCUACAACCUAUAUCGUGAAAUUGUAAAAAACACCACUGAUGAGUAUGAAGAUGAGAGGAAGGCUAAUAUGUCUGCUGUUGUAGCCAAUUUAGCAGCAUUAAAUCCUCAGAUGGGCCGUGAGAAAGAGGCUGCUACGAUGUAUCAUAAUGUGCUAAAGGAGAAACCAAGCGACCAGGCAUUAGUUGCUAUUGCUAGCAACAACCUUGUCGUCAUCAACAGGGAUAGCAACGUGUUCGAUUCGCGGAAGCGCAUGAAGGCUGCAACUGCUGAUGGGCUGGAGAAUAAACUAAACUCGCGCCAACGCGCUGCCAUCGUCUACAACCAGGCCAUAUUGGCAAUCUACUCCAACCAGCCAGACUUCUGCAAGCAGUGCUGCGUGAAGCUGUCCCGUGAGUUGAAACAGGAGCAGCGCGCUGCGCUCGUAGAGGCGGCCUCUUUGGCACGUGAGGGCCGCAGCCAGCAGGCGGUGGCACUGCUGGUCAAGCAAGGUGGCAUGCUGACCCUCGCCGCUGCGCAGCUGCUGCUGGCACAGUCAGAAGUGCUCAACCCUUGGCUAAACGAUGCGAGCGAAGGUACCAUUCCCAUCGCACGGUCGCGGCACCAGUCAGACCUGUUUUAUCCACCCGUGCUCUUACACCAUUCGGCCAGUCGAGCCCGGGCCGGCGCGGGCCUCUUGUCCGGCCAGGGGCGCUCACUGUGCGGCCGGCAGGCGGGCGCGGCGCUGCGCGAGGUGUGGCGCGCCGCGGCGUCGGUGCACGCGCGCGCCGGCGCGGCCCGCGACGCGGCGGCGGCGCUGGAGGCGCUCGCGGCCGGCGACCCCGCCGACGAGCGCGGCCGCGCGCGACUGGUCAAGGCGCUGGCGCCGCUCGACCCCGACCGGGCGCGCGCCCUCGCCGCCCACCUGCCGCCCAUACUCAAGCAGGGCCAAAUAGACAUCGAGGCACUGGAGUCCUCCAACUGGAUGAUGGGCGCUAAGGUCGUCAAGAAAACGGUACAGAGCAAACAGGAGCAAUCGCCCGGAACUCCCGGCUCCGAGCUGGGGCAGAAGAUGAAGGCGAAGAGGAAGCGCAAGACCAAGCUGCCGCCCAACGCUGACCUCUCCAGGCCACCGGAUCCGGAGAGGUGGCUGCCCAAGUACGAGCGCGCCGCGUUCCGCAAGCGGCGGGGCGGGCGCAGGGGGGAGGUCAUCAAGGGCAGCCAGGGCAUGAGCACCGCCGCGGUCGACGCAUACGACAUGAGCAAGCAGACGCCCAGCGCUGGCGCCGCUGCCGCCGCCGCCAAGAGCCCACGCGUCGAGCACAAGGCCGCAGAAAGCGCCUGGCAGAGGAAGCAGCAGCAGAAGAAGAAGGGCAAGGGCCGCAAGUGG